GCUUCCUGGCCGCUGGGCCUUUGCAGGAGGCAUCACCAUUGCUGACAUUCUUGGUUUGCGCUGUGGGUCAAAUGGCACCGGAGGACCCUGGGCAUCACCACUCCCAGGAAUGCACAGCAGCUCAACGAUCCCUUUGCAAGAACGGUGGAGAGGCCAUGCGAGGGACAAGGGGUGCGAGCCAAACAACUUGUAUGAACCUGAACCUUUUGGUGGAGAUGGUCUUUUUGGUGGAGGAGCUGCUUAGCUGUGCUUUUGCCUCUCGGGUCUUCCUGCUGAUGGCACCGUGACGGCUGAGAUGGCCAUGAUGUUCGGGGAGUUCUACAAGCCUCAAGCCAUCAUGGACUAUCCCGUCGGGGGAGUGAAGAGCUUGGUGGAGGCUCUGGUGAAGGGACUGGAAUCUCAUGGUGGUUCACUGCGCUUGAACACUCCCGUGAAGCAACUGGUGAUGUCGAGUGGCACCUGCCACGGCGUCGAGUUGGUCAAUGGUGACGUGUUGGAAGCGUCCAGUGUGGUGUGCAACGUGAGUGCCUGGGAUUUGCCAAAGCUUUUGCCGACUUCGGUGAGUUCGCAGACCUGGUGCCGCGAACGCGCUGCCAUGCCAGCCACCAAGUCCUUCAUGCACUUGCACGUGGGCUUUGAUGCCCGAAGCCUCGAGCUGAAGCAAUUGCAACCGCACUACAUUUGCUUAGAGGAUUGGACUCGUGGGGUGGAGGCUGAAGAGAAUGCCGUGUUGAUCUCCAUCCCUUCCGUCGAGGAUCCGAGCUUGGCGCCUGAGGACUGUGGAGUGCUUCAUGCCUACACCCCCGCGACGGAGCCGUGGGAACGGUGGAAGGACUUGGACCGGCGCAGCGCGGAGUACAAGGCCUUGAAAGAGCAGCGGGCCGAAUUCUUGUGGAAGCAAUUGGAACGCAUCAUCCCCGACCUUCGCCAAAGAAGCAAGGUCCACAUGAUUGGCACGCCCCUGACGCACCAGCGCUUCCUGAAUCGGCACCAAGGCAGCUAUGGCCCUCGCAUCAAGGCGGGCGAAGCGGAGUUCCCUGGCGCCAGCACUCCAAUCGCAGGCCUAGUGCUGUGUGGCGACAGUUGCUUCCCAGGCAUCGGUGUGCCCGCUGUGGCGGGCAGCGGCCUCCUGGCAGCGCACGCCACGGGGCUGGAGACGCUGCCGGCGCAACUCAAAGAGCUGCAGCGUCUCUUCAGUUGAGCAA